CGAGUCGCACUUUCGCGCGUUUGGUGUGAGUUGGCGCGAGGAUACAGGAAAGUGCUGAGGACCAGAGACGGUUGUGAUCUUUUGUCAAUACAACAUUUAAUCUUUCGUUCGCCAUAUUUUUGUGAAAACAUGACUGUUAGACUGUCAGAAGGGGCAAUUGAGUCCCUGACUAAAGGAGUUGAAGUCAGCAACCCUGUUCUUCAAUGUGUGAACAUCCGCAAGAUUGAUGGGGGAAAUGGCCUAUCCCGUUUCCGUCUCAUGAUGAGUGAUGGGCUGCACACUAUGUCCUCAUUCAUGCUCUCCACACAGCUCAAUCCCAUGGCUGAGCAAAACCAGUUGGCCUCUAACUGUGUGUGUAUGCUGAAAAGGAGCGUCACUAAUGUUCUCAAGGAUGGACGACGUGUGGUGGUUAUACUGGACAUGGAAGUACUCAAGUCUGCCGACCAGAUGCCAGGAAAAAUUGGAGACCCAACUCCUUAUGUAGAGGGUCAGUCGAGGGCACAACAGAGUACAGCUCCAGCUCCAUCUCCAUCUGUACGUCCAUUACAGUCUCAGAAUGGAAGUGAUGGUUCAAUGAACAGACCUCCCGCUCAGAGCUUCGGGAAAAAGCCCAUGGCUGCCCCCAACACCCCUGGAGGCAGCUCUAAAGUUGUGCCUAUUGCCAGCCUCAAUCCAUACCAGUCAAAGUGGACUGUUAGAGCUCGGGUCACCAACAAGAGUGCCAUCCGCACAUGGAGUAACUCCAGGGGAGACGGGAAGCUUUUCUCCAUGGAGCUAGUGGAUGAAAGCGGGGAGAUCAGAGCAACUGGGUUUAAUAACGAGGUGGAUAAAUUCUACUCACUCAUCGAGCAGGGAAAAGUCUACUACAUCUCCAAAGGCACCCUGAAGAUUGCUAACAAACAGUUCUCUUCACUUAAGAAUGACUAUGAGAUGACUCUCAAUGGAGAGACAAGCAUCAUCCCUUGUGAGGACAGCCAUGAUGUCCCCAUGCUGCAGUGCGAGUUUAUUUCUAUUGCUGACCUGGAGUCCCGGGAGAAAGACACCAUCGUAGAUGUGAUCGGAGUAUGUAAAAACACAGAAGAUGUGAUGCGCAUCACAACCAAGAACAGUCGUGAGGUUUCCAAGAGAAACAUCCAAUUGAUGGACAUGUCCGGCAGAGUCAUCCAGCUCACCAUGUGGGGCAAUGAUGCAGAGACAUUUGAUGGCAGUGGGCAGCCAAUCAUGGCCAUUAAGGGGGCAAGAUUAUCUGACUUUGGUGGGCGUUCUCUCUCAACUCUCUACAGCAGCACAGUCAUGAUCAACCCCGAUAUUCCUGAGGCAUACAAACUGCGGGGCUGGUAUGAUAAGGAAGGACAUGCUUUGGAUGGACAGUCGAUGACUGAAUUGAGAGGACCUGGUGGUGGUGGAAACACGAACUGGAAGACCCUGGCGGAAGUCAAGAAUGAGCACUUGGGCCAUGGAGACAAAGCUGAUUAUUUCUCUUGCAUCGCCACCAUAGUCUACAUCCGAAAAGAGAACUGCAUGUAUCAGGCCUGUCCCAGUAAAGACUGCAACAAGAAGGUGGUGGACCAGCAGAAUGGCAUGUACCGCUGUGAGAAAUGUGACAAAGAGUUCCCAGACUUCAAAUAUCGCCUCAUGCUCUCGGCCAACGUCGCUGAUUUUGGAGACAACCAAUGGGUGACUUGCUUUCAGGACAGUGCUGAGACCCUUCUGGGCCAAAACUCAAGUUAUCUUGGCCAACUCAAGGACUCGAACGAAGCUGCAUUUGACGAGGUCUUUCAGCAUGCAAACUUCAAUACUUUUGUCUUCCGGAACCGAGUGAAGCUGGAGACCUACAAUGAUGAAUCUCGCAUUAAAGUGACAGUGGUGGAUGCCAAGCCUGUGGACCACCGAGAAUACAGCAAACGGCUGAUCAUCAACAUAAGGAAGAUGGCUGCACAGUAGAAGAACUGCUAUAGUUACAUAGAACAAAUCCCACAGCCAUUGUGUGGCUUCUUUUGAGUUUAUUACAGUAUCGUGUGUACUAAUUUUUGUUCUUUUCUUUUCUGUUGCUGUUUUUCCCCAUUUUGUAUUUCUGCCAUUUAAUUUCACAAAAAAAAACUUUUUUCCCCCCAUUUUUUAAAAAUGCUGCAGGACCAGAUUAGCUUGUGCAGUUGUUCACCAGAAUUGACUGAUUGAAAAGGCCCUGAAGUUUAAAUGCUGAUGCGGUUUGUGAUAAAGUAGAGGCGGAAUUGUAGGAGACAAAUGGAAAAAGAAAUGGACUUGGAGUUUGGAGAAUCAUAGAUCGUGUACAUUCAGAGGUCAGCUGCUGUGAUCUUAGGUUGGCUAGAGGAAAGUACAACCCCUGUUUUUGUGUAAGAAUGUCUGGACCAAGCCUGCAGAACCUUGAUAAGCCUAUUCAUACUCGUGUGCUUACAUUGCACACACUGUAUUUAUAUAGAGAUGCACUGUACGUCUGCUAAUUCUGUUGUACAAGUAAUAAAGCUGUUUGUGUUCUCGAGUCUA